UACAUAAUAUCAUUUGCUGAAAUAACGAUGACAGAAGGAGAAGAUUUUGAGAUAGAAGAAAAAUUUACCAAUCGCUUGAAAACGAUUAUUCGUGACGUUGAAGAUUCACAAGUUCUUCACGAAAUUCUACAGAAUUCGGAUGAUGCCCAAAGCACAGAACAAAUAUUUAUACUUGAUCAUAAUACGUAUUUUGGAGAGGGCCUCCUUAAACCCGAGCUUAUUAGAUUCCAGGGACCAGCGCUGUUGUCAAUAAAUAAUACCAAAUUUAGUGAGGAUGAUUUUACAUCAUUGAAGAACUUUGCUAACAGUGUAAAAAAAAAUCAAUGUAACAAAAUUGGUGAAAAGGGCCUUGGUUUCAAUUCCAUUUAUCAUUUAUGUGACAGUUGCUCGUUCAUCACUGGUAAUAAAUUUAUAUUUCUUGACCCUCACAAGCGGUGCUAUAAGAAAAGCGUUAAGUAUAAUGAUUUUGCAAAAUUAUCACAAGAAUAUCCCGAUCAAUUUUAUCCCUUCAAAAAUCUUAAAAUUCCAUUUGAUGGAUCAUUCGAAGGAACGAUCUUUCGAUAUCCUUUACGCACUGAGCGAGAUUCUAAAGAUUCAGAAAUAUCAGAAAAAAUUUAUAAGCCAAGUCAAAUUCUAGAAAUGUUUAAAGAGUUUUUUGAUAAUUAUAGCGUUAAUUGUCUACUUUUUCUUAGUAAUAUUGAACGUAUCGAGUUUUAUGAGUUGAAGAAAGGAAAAUCUGAGCCCGAAUUAAUUUACAGGAUUUUGCUGAAAGAUGCAGAAAAAAUACGCGAAAAGCGUCAGAUGAUUGUUAAAGAUCUUAAAGAAAAUAAACCUAUUCAAGAAACAACGUUGGACACAUCAUAUAAUGCAUCUAUUGUUCGAUAUAAAAAAGAACAUAUUGUAGAAGAUUCUUCGUGGCUCAUUUUAAAUAUGCUUGGUAAUUUACAUGACGUGAAAAGCAAAUUUCCGAAUGACUUGGGAGAAAAACUUGUACCAAAUGUAGGGUUAGCUGCAAAUUUAAAUUUAGAUCAUCUUAAUGGAAAGUUAUUUUGCUUUUUGCCUCUUCACGAUACCCCAUUCCGAGUUUCCAUAAAUGGGCACUUCGCAGUUACUAAUAAUCGGCGUGACCUACAUUCUGGAGAAGCCAGAGAUUCGAUCGACGAUUUUGUUGGUUUGAAAAUUAAAUGGAAUAAGUAUCUUUUUGAAGAGGUUAUACCGCAAGCCUGGGUGAAAUUUAUUAUUAAGAUUCAAUCACAUGUGAAACAAAAAGAAGCUUAUUAUAAGUUUUGGCCAAUUACAGAUCCAACUCAUGUAUCAUUAAAAUUCUUUAAUGGCCUUUUAGAAAAUAUGAUAAGAAAACUUAAUGCAGACGAUGAAAUUUUUUGUGAAAAAAAUGGCCAAAUGUUAUCUAUUUUAAAGGGAUAUUUUCCAGAUAAAUCGUGCGACGAACAUGAUAUUCCAAAUAUACUGAGUGAGAUUGGAUUUCCAGUUAUAAACGCUCCCUCUGAAAUCAUUGAAGUGUUAAAAAAAUCUGAUAAGCAAAAUAGUCUCAGAUUUUAUUCCCCUAGCAUUGUGAGCGAAUUUCUUCAAAAACAAGGAGAAUUGCAGGAUAAGUUAACAACCUUAAAAUUAUUCUAUUAUUUAUUGAGCGAUGAAAAUUAUGAGAUAUUGGAAGGUCUGAAAAUGUUUCCAUUGGCUAAUGGAACAUUUAAAACAAUAUCUCAACAUGGCGCAGUCACGUAUGUAUGUUCAGAUCGUUUUGCGGGUCAAGGUGAUGAUGAUCCACGAGAAAUUUUUAAAGAUCAAUCAGAAAAGUUCAUUGCUAAAGACAUUUCACCCGAUUUGUUGGAUCGUUUGAUCUACAAAGUAGAAAAAGGAUGGAAUUUUAAAAUCGAGAUGUUAACCAUACCGAGUAUUGUUGGCAUGGUUAAAAAUAAAAUUUAUCUAAGCGAAAAUCAUCCUAAUUCUUCUGAUUAUGAGAUUGUUAUGGAAGACCUUGAAUGGAUUAAUCGACUUUGGAGUUAUUUGUGUAAUAGAUUCGUUGAUAUUGAUUUGAAACCAUUUGAAGAUAUCCAUCUAAUACCAACAAAACAUAAUACUCUCAGAAAACUUAAAACAAAUCAAGUAAAAUGUUUUUUGAACAGUAUUGAAAGUUUGCAAAACCAAUUUGAUCAGAUAUAUCCUAUUCUUCAAAAGCUUGGUAUAAUUUUCAUAAAUAGAGAGUUUGAAAACAAUAUAACCCCUCUAAAGGAAAGGCUCUCAGCAUAUAUUUGCGAUAUGGGUGAUAUAAAUUCAGUUUUAUCAUCAUUAAACACAACUGAAGCAUGUAGUUUAGACACGAAUGAAGCAGAACUUCUCAUAAAUUAUUUGUAUUAUUACUUGCGCUAUUCAAAUCCUCCUACAAAGGAUCAUAUUGAAACUAUUAAAUGUUUACCAAUUUUUAAGGAGGUUGGUAAAAAUGAGACUACGAGCUUAACUUUCAAGGAAAAUGUGUCUUUGUUCCUUUUACCAACAGAAGAUGAAAAGGACUAUGGUCAAAUAAUUGCACCAGAGGAAUUUAAGUUUCUUGAUACAACAUCAAUAGAAGCACGUUAUUUGCUAGAAGAUAUUAUCAAAAUUCGACGUCUACAACAACCGGAUUAUUGGAUAGAUUAUGUGAUAAAAUAUUUGAAAUCUACCUACGAUAAUGAUAUUGUGGUUGAAAAACUUUUUGAACGAUUGCGAAAGCUUGUUUCUUCCAACAAUUCGCUAAGGGACAAAUUGAGAAAUGUUCCUAUUGUGCCUUGCGUAACACUCCGAAUGGCUCAAAGAAAACAAAACCCUGACCAAGUCAAGCUCAGAAAGCCUAUUGACCUUUAUGAUCUUUAUAAAGAUAAAAUUACUCAAUUAUUUUUCGACGAUGAGCAAGUUUUUCCAGCGAAAAAGUUUUUGAAACCAUACCGUGACCUUUUGAAGGAUCUGGGAAUGAAAACUUCACUUUCACCAGUAGAUAUAGUCGAGAGAAUUGAAACAUACAUAAAACGUCAGGAAAUGGAAAAGAAUAACGAUGAUUUAUACGAUAAAUCACUUAAUCUGCUUAAAUAUAUUGAUGACUAUUGGAACUCAUUAGAAGAUAAAAUUGUUAACUUCUUACCAUUUAUUAAAUCUUCAAAAUGGAUUCCGACUAUUGACCAGUUUGGUAUAAAAUCAUUCUCUAGUUCAUCUGAAUGUCGUGACAAAAAAGAUGAGCAUCUAGUAUCAUUAAAACUUUCAAUUCUUGAUUAUCGAAUCGAGAGUCAAUUUCGCGAGCAUCUGGAAUGGGACAGAUAUCCUCCUGUGAAUAUUGUUCUUGAACAAAUGAAAUUAUGUUCUACAUUGGUUAAGGAAAAUAAAAGUUUUAAUCAUCGACAAAAAAUUUGUGAAGCGAUUUACAAAUAUAUUAAUGAGGCUCUAUCACACGACGAAGAAAGGUCUAAACAAGUGGUCAAAGAAAUAAGAGAUGGAUUAAAAAAUAAAAAGUGGAUUUUUUGUGAAAGUAAAUUCUAUGCGGCAAAGGAUGUUGUUUUUACUCUUCCAACGAAUCUUUUAAAUAAGCUACCAAUUAUCCAGUUACCCGAGAAUUAUCGAAAUAACUUUAGUAAAGUAUUUAAAUAUAUGGAGGUUCGACAAACAGUUGAUGUUUACGAUCUCAUUGAUAUAACCAAGAAAAUUGCUCAUGAAGCAAAUGAUAAAGCAUUAAAUGAUGAAAACUUAUCAAAAACUAUUGCUAUUCUUGAAGAAAUCGGAAAGAAGUGCAAUAAAUCUAAUGAGAAAAAGACCGAUUAUUUGAAAGAUCUGCUUAUUCCAAGAACUGAUGCUAUUCUUUUCAGUCUUGAAAAAAUUUAUUAUGAUGAUAGGGCCGGACUAAAUAAUGAUGAAAAAGAAAAUUACGACCUCACUCACCCUAAAAUAUCAAUUGCACUUGCUAGAGAACUUGGAAUUCAAAUGCUUUCCGAGGCAUUCAUAGAAGGCAGUGAAAUUGACAUAGAAAUUUAUGAGCAAUCAGAACCUUUAACAACCAGAAUAAAUAAGAUUAUUAGCAAAUGUUCGCUCGAUUCCUUGUUCAGAGAAUUUCUUCAGAACGCUGAUGACGCAGGAGCACAUAGAUUUUCUAUCUAUAUCGAUGAGAGGCCAUGGUGCAAGAAAUUUGAUAAAUCCACACUCUUAUCUAAAGAAAUGUAUGAUUGGCAAGGUCCAGCUAUUUGGAUUUACAAUGAUGCGGUGUUUAAAGAGGAAGAUUUUUCUUCAUUAAUUAAACUUGGCGUUGGAGGCAAAUCUGAAGACGAUAGCAAAAUAGGUCGUUUUGGACUUGGAAUUACCACUUCUUAUUAUUUAACUGACGUUUUAUCUUUUGUGAGCGGAGAAACCAUUGUUCUUCUUGAUCCUCACAAAAGAUUUCUUCCGAAACAAAAAAUACAAGGAAAUCUUCCAAGACGAUUUGGAGGAAAUAGGUUAAAUUUUCUCGAUAAAAAAUUUUUAUCUCGUUUUGAGGAUCAAUGUAAACCAUAUCUUGCUAUAGAAGAUUGUGAUUUUAAAAAAGGCUUUAACGGAACCUUAUUCAGACUGCCACUUAGAAGCACUGAAUUAUCGAAGCAAAGCUUAAUUUCGCAAAAUUCAAUAGGACAUGAAAGAAUUUUAAACCACCUUCGCAAAUUGGAAGAUAAGAAUGAACACAAACAGUUGAUCUGGGAGGCGAAAAUUCAAGGUUUAGAAGAUGUCAGAAAUAUUCGCAGUAAAAUUGAUUAUGAACCGCAG